AUGACGGAGUUGCUUUCCAACGUCGUAGGCGCUGCACUAUCCUACUUCACGCUGUCUCCCUCCUCCAAGCCUCCAGUCGAGUCGUCGCAAACCCAACAGAACCUCUCUCUUUCCCCCUUUCCCAAUCCAGUACAUUCAUCUCAAGCCCAUCAGAACCUUCGUCGAUAUGCGAAGUCUGCUGUGCUCCCCGAGAUGAUACUAGGACGGGCUGCCCCCCCUCUCCCUCCAGACAAGACGAAGAGCGUCAAGAAUCCUGUGUUUGAGCAACACGAGAUCUACAGACAUCUUGAAGUGAUUAAUCCGUUCAAAGAUUUGAAGGAUCUUGCACAUGCCUAUGCCGAAGCAAACAUUCCUUCGAAGCCCAUUGGCAACUCAGACUCAGAUACCAAGCGUAACGCCCGCAUAUCUAUCCCUGUCGAAGGAUAUGAUAUACCACAGCUCACGACCGGCGUGGUCACCACCCUUCCAGACGUCAUUGAGUGGGUGCGGCAGUUCCCACUCACAACCAUCCGACGCAUGAUGCAUAUGGUGUAUCCCGAGACGCUCGACUACAAGAUGGAGCACCUAGGCACUCCCAAGGAGCGGGACAAGGGCAUCAUGGAAUGUUUCAAAUGGGGCCCUGACGAGAACGUCAUUAUGAAGGCAGCCGAUCUGUACAGGCCGACGGUUAUGUUCUUCGUUCAGCCGCCAUGGAUGCUUGCUCCGCGUGACAUGGAGAUAUUCGUCAAGACUCAGAAGUUUCCGAACCCAUGGGCAAAGGAUAGAUAUCAUAUGCGCAGCUACGAACGGGUAUGGUCCAAAAUCCACGACGGGUGUGCUCAAAACCAUUCUCGGUUCUUCGUGCUCACGACGUAUCGCGAUUGGGUCUUUGGCGCGUUCUCUAAAGAACAAACCGAGGCGUGGGUCUCGGACGUCAUGACCUGGGACUCGGAGAAUCCCAAUCUGCUUGAAUGCUUGUUUUACUGGUUGUCCUCCGCGACAGUGCGCAGAGCGAAACUCGUCAAUCCGUUCAUCAUUCCCGAGAUAUACGAGCCGAUCCAGAUGGAGGUGGACCCAGAGGAUAUGGAGCACUACGACCCGAACGCCAGCCUCGCCGGCGCGCCCUCCGUCGACGAACAAUGGGAGGCGUCAAGCAAUGCGCGCACGCACGACCCCUCCAUCCAACUCUCGGACGACGGUCUUUCGGACGAGACCAUCCUAGAUGUCCAUCACUCGCCCACCAGGCGCGUCCGGCUUGGCUUCGGGCCAGAGAUGAUACGAGACUGGUGCACCUCGGGCACGCUCGGGGCGCCGCCGCCGACGUAUUCGACGGUGAGCGAGAUCUCGGGGUACACGGCGUCGUCGGCGUCGACGAUAAGGGACUUUGCGAGUGCGCCAGAGCCACGCUUGGCGGGGACGAUCCUUGUAGGCGGGCCAGGACGUUUGAGGGAGGCGCAGCCCAGAGGGGUGCGUGCGUAGUUGGUGUUGGGCUGUGCGGGCCAAGAUCGGCGCGCCGCGUAGGUACGCUGUGGACGUUGUGCUGUCUAGUUUUGCAGUGCUGUGUAACGGAAUCUCCUCAUGUUUUUGUGAGGACCUCUCUGA